GAACCAUGCACAAGGGUGUCUCUGACGCGUCGCUCCUCGAGAGCGCCAAGGAGAACAUCGUACCUCUUCCCGGAGGCCAUUUUGCCAGCAAACUCGCCGCCAGCGUUAAGCAGUCGUCGCGAUCUCUCCUCCAAUUCAAAGAUAACCUCCGAAAGGACAGAGAAGCCUUCGAAGAUGAGUUGCGCAACACAGACGAGUUGGACGACCCGCUCCAGGUGUAUGUGGACUAUAUCCAGUGGACGCACACCAACUAUCCCCAGGGAAACAACAGCGACAGUGGACUCUUGAACCUCCUCGAACGGUGCACCUCAUGCUUCCGUGAUGUUGCCCACUACAAGAACGACCCUCGCUACCUCAAGGUGUGGCUCGAGUACACCAACUACUCAGAUGCUCCACGAGACAUCUUCGUGUACUUGGCCCGCAAAGACAUCGGCAGCCAGCUCGCACUCUAUUACGAGGAGUUUGCCAACUACUUGGAGUUGAAUGGAAAAGAAGCAGAUGCUCGCAACAUCUACGAGUUGGGCAUCGAGAAUAAUGCUCGUCCCAUCGUCCGCUUGGAGCGCUCAUUCCACAGAUUCAAGCAGCGAGUGGAAGGUGCUCCCUCUCAUGAAGCAGUACCUGCAAUAAGAAACGCGUUGGCGUUGAAACGAGGCGAUGCCGUCGCUACCAUCGACAAAGAUGAGUCCACGCGAAAGAAACCCAAGUUGAAAGUGUUCCAAGACGAAUCUGGCCCCAAUCAAAGCAUUCUACACUCCAUAUUCAACGGGUCGUCGGACUCCAACGAACUUGGCACUAUUAAAUCCAGAAUAAAAGAAAAUUCCAUCCAACCAAAACCGUGGUCAGGCGAGAUCAUCAAGCAAAAGGUGCCUCUUGAGAGGCAAAGCUCUUCUUCCGGCUCAUCUACAAAAUUUCAUGUCUAUCGAGACCCAUCCGCAACCGCGCCCCAAGAUGAGCCCAAAGCAUGCCAAAAAACAGAAACAGCAUCAGACGGAAGUGUACACACCAUCAUUAAUGUUCCUGGAAAGCGUACUGAAAAGGUAUGGUUGAAUGUUGAUUUGUUGUACCCGAGCAUAAAUGAAGAAUUUUGCUUGGAAGAAAUUCUAGCCAUGCAAAGACGCUCAUCUAGAAAGAGAACAGUUGGUAGUGGUGCAAAUGAAUCAAACCAUACACACACAGUUGUCGUCCCAUUAAGGGACGAGGAUGACUCAACAAUAAAACAUGAUAGACCUCAGUCACCAACCAUAACCAUGUUCUCGAGAAUGGCCAAUAAUGAGGUCAUUAACAUGUUCAAUGAUGCUGCUCAGAACCUCAACUCAGAUGACGAGAGUGUCAGGGAGGAUGAAGUCACAACUACAAAUUAUGAAGGAUUCGUAACGGAAACGAUCCAUAACCAACCAAUUCCUCAAUUGGAAUCAAUUGAAACUCCUCCUACUGAUAAAGAAAGUAACCAUAGCUCUCCCUUCGUUGAGCGACCAUCAACUGAUGAAUUUCCCCAAGUAGUAAACGCUGUGGACCUUUCGUUGAGAGCACAAUUGCUAUCUGCGUUGUCAAUUCCUUUGCUCGUAUAUCCAGGCUACAAUAAUUUCAGUGAUAGAACCAUUUCUAAAAUGCAGCUUUUCAAGGAGAUCACCAACAAACAUACUAAAUCAAUUUCCAAAGGUUCUCAAAGUGCCAUGAUCGAUUUUUGUGGUGAUGAGAUUUAUUGUUUAAGGCUAGAAUUAGGGAAGGGAGGUUAUGGAUACGUAUACUUGAUUGAAAUGGGAAGAACUGGAGAAUUGAAAGCAUUAAAAGUGGAAUCGCCUGCUUCGGAAUGGGAAUUUUAUAUCCUCAACCAAGUUUAUCGCCGAUUAAUUGGACAAGACAAGACGAUCUCAUCACUUAUAGUGAAGCCCGAUUCCUUAUACCAUUUCAAAGAUGAGAGCUAUUUGAUAAUAGAUUUUCAUUCACAAGGUACAGUCUUGGACAUCAUCAAUCAUUACAAGAACAAGGGGCUGACUCUAGAAGAGGUGCUAUGUAUCCUCUUAACCAUUGAAUUGUUGAAGGCAGUUGAAACUUUACAUAAUAUUGGAAUACUCCAUGGCGAUUUGAAGGCUGACAACUGUAUGAUCAAUUUCACAGAAAGUGAUGAAUUGAGUGAAACGUAUAGUGCAGAAACUAUAAGUACGUGGUCUAAGAAAAGCAUUACUCUUAUUGAUUUCGGGAGAGCGAUAGAUCUCACAUUAUUUCCUCCUAAUACCCAUUUCGUUAGCAACUGGAAAACUGAUGAACAAGACUGCCCUCAAAUGAACGAGAACAAGUCUUGGUGCUAUGAAGCAGAUUAUUAUGGGUUGGCAAGCAUUAUACAUAGUAUGUUGUUCGGAAAUUACAUAAAGAUCAAAAAGGAGAAAGGCAGUGUCAAACUCGAGAACAAUCUUAAAAGAUACUGGCAACUCGAAUUAUGGAUACCACUCUUCGAAUUGCUUUUGAAUCCUUACAAGGACGACAGCCACAAAAAGUCGUUGCUGCUCGAAUUAAAAGCAUGCAGGGUUUCUUUCGAAGAUUGGUUGAUCCAAAACUCAAAGAGUAAGAAUUUGAGAAGCGUUGUAUUAGGAUUGGAACAUGAUCUUAAUAUGACAAACAGAACUCGUGUGGGUUGAGGAAUCUAAAAUUUACUACAUUGUAAGCUGGGCUUUACAUAAUUUCUUAUAGAUAAUACAUUUUUG